AUGGUGUUAGGCAAGAAACGUAAACGGAUUAUAGGAAGUAUAAUAUGGUCGAAGAAAGCCUAUCCAAAGGACACAGAAGAGUCUGGAGUUGGUCAAGCUAGCAUUUAUCAUGCCCUAGUCAUCAUCUUCCUGGAGUUUUUUGCAUGGGGACUGCUAACGUCCCCAAUUAUCAGUGUCCUAAAUGAUACUUUCCCGAGACAUACCUUCUUGUUUAAUGGUCUUAUCCAAGGAGUGAAGGGCUUGCUCUCCUUUUUAAGUGCCCCACUAAUUGGAGCAUUGUCAGAUGUAUGGGGCAGGAAACCAUUCCUGCUUCUGACUGUGGGAUUCACCUGUGCCCCUAUACCAUUAAUGAGGCUGAGUCCAUGGUGGUAUUUUGCCUUGCUGUCAAUAUCUGGAGUGUUCUCUGUAACCUUUAGUGUGGUGUUUGCUUAUGUUGCUGAUGUCACAAAUGAAGAGGAGAGAAGCUCUGCUUAUGGGCUGGUUUCUGCAACGUUUGCUGCCAGUCUGGUUACAAGCCCUGCCAUUGGAGCAUUCCUGCAGGACAUGUACAGUGAAAAUGUGGUCAUUUGGUUGGCUUCAGCUAUAGCUAUUUUAGACAUCUUGUUCAUCAUGGUUGCAGUGCCAGAGUCUUUGCCAGAGAAGCUCAGGCCAGCAAGCUGGGGCUCCCAGAUCUCAUGGGAGAAAGCUGAUCCAUUUGGGGCCCUGAAGAAGGUUGGCCAGGAUAUACUGAUUCUUCUGUUGUGUGUCACAGUAUUUCUGUCAUAUCUGCCAGAGGCUGGAGAAUACUCAUCUAUAUUUGUGUAUCUUAGAUUGAUUAUGGGUUUUUCAAAAGAAGAAGUUGCUUCUUACAUUGCUGUUGUUGGUGUGUUGUCUGUAUUAGCACAGACUUUGAUUUUAGCAGUGUUGAUGAAGUACAUUGGGCACAAACAGACAAUCAUGUUUGGACUGGUAUUUGAGAUCAUUCAGUUAUGCUGCUUUGGCUUUGCUUCACAACAUUGGAUUAUAUGGCUGGCUGGAACUAUGGCUGCAAUGUCUAGUAUAGCCUACCCUUCCAUUAGUUCAUUUGUAUCUGCUCAUGCCAGUCCAGACCAGCAGGGUGUAGCUCAGGGUGUGAUAACUGGCAUCCGUGGACUCUGUAACGGGCUCGGACCAGCUUUGUUUGGUUUCAUAUUCUAUCUGUUCCAUGUGGACCUCAAUGAGAAGGAGGCAGGGCAGCAAAUAGUCAGCCAGCAAGAUAAUCUCUCUCAUCGGUCUCCCAAUUCCAUGCAGGGUGUGGUGCCCGGACCUCCAUUUGCAUUUGGUGCGGUACUGGUAAUCUUGGCUUUGCUAGUGGCUGCGUUUAUGCCUGAGAGUCCACAUUCUAGUGCCGCUAAGAAGCAGAAGUUAGCAGCCUCUGCUUCGUUUGAGCUGGAAGAGGAAACAGCUGGGAGCAAGAAACAUGAAAGUGAACCCCUAAUGGCAGACACAGAUGUAGAAUUAUAG